CAUUUGUUCAUUCGUUAUAAGUUAUUUCUCAUAUGUAGUUGUUGAUAUAGCACAUGUUUACAGUAGCGUGUGGAAACUUGAUUCGACAAAAGGAAAUCUUAAUCAAAGGAGUCAGUUGCCACAAGUCUGUACACGUAUUAGUUUAAUAAUUUCUUCAUCUGGACGGUGUUGGAAUAUUACCGAAGCAUGUCGGUUGCAAGGAAACGUAAGAUUAUAGGUCCGGCCACAAGGACCAUAGUACCGUACCGUGGUGUCCGUGGUUCGACUGAUCAAGAUUCAACGGAAAAGCGAAUAAGACGUAAAACGGAAGAGGAGGUUACUUCUGACAGUGAAGAAGAAAGUGAUGAGGAUAUCUGUACUGAGAUUGUACCUGGAAAGGAGCAAACAGUGUCUUUACCAUUGUCACCUUCCUAUAUAAAGAGCUGUUCUCGAACUCAGAUUAAGUCGACUAUAGUUGACCAUACAUGGAAAAUUGAUCAAUUUAUGUGUCUUCCUAAUAUCACGAGUAUGAUAAAGUCGCCACCGUUUCCAGACACAGGUCAAUACAUGAUUCAAAUAGAUAUUUUACGUCAACCUGAUACAAUAUGUGUAUUAAAAUUUUGUAUACUUACUAGUAAAACAUUUAACGGUUCAUGUACCACUACUAUAAUGCUACAGCCUGCAAGAACUUUAACAUCAAGAUUCAUUACGGGUGGUAUAUCAAAUAAGACAUUGUUACUUGAAAUCUCGACAUCUAACUUUCGAAUUCAUUAUUCAGAUACUCUUAUAGUACAUUGCAAGUUGGAAUAUUUUCAUGAGCUGGAACAUGAAACUACACAUAUGAAUUUAAUACCAUCGUCAACAGUUUUUUCAAAAGACGCUAGAUAUUUUGAAAAUUUGAUCUUUGACAAGGAACCUAAAGAUGAGGAAUCAAUCAAAUUUGUGGUAGGAAGAGAACAGUAUUUUGUAUCAAAAAAAUUGUUGUGGGCCAGUAAGAGUAGCUACUUUAAAAAUAUCUGCCGUACACAUGAGCAGGGAAGAGAAAAAAAUAUGACAAAGGAAUUAACGAGUAACGAGUUACAAACUUUUAAACAGAUUUUAUUAUAUAUUAUAACUGGCUCAGUAAAGCAAUGCGAUUAUGACAUGCUUAAAAAAUUAUUAACAGCAGCUGAUAAAUAUGAUGUACUAGCUUUGAAACUGACAUGUGAACAUUAUUUGUUACGCAGUCUUACGAUUGAGAAUGCCGUAGAACUUGUGCAGCUUGCGUCUUCGUGUAAUGCAAAAUUUUUAGAAGUGCAUUCGGCUAAUUUUAUUAAGUUUCAUACAAAAGAAAUUACAAAUACUAAGGAAUGUUGAACUCGUUUACAAUCAAAAUAAUAUUAAUGCAGAAAAUAAAAGAAAAUGUAA